AUGGUCUUCGGCUUGAGUCGCCUAACGCCGCGCCGCGUCAUAAUCUUUACAUCUGCAUCAGUACUUUUCUGGUUAUUCGUCUUUAGUCUAACUCCCAUUACAUCGCCGCUUCCACCAUACACCGGGCCUCAUGAAGUUGGUAUCCUGGAUGUAGAGACUGAGGUGCAGAAGAGAGUCAUUCAUGACGCGAUAUUGAAGGAGACGGGAGAGAAUGCAUUCGAACUUUCAACACUCGCAAUAACGCUGUACUAUCCAUCUUCCUUACCACUAGCAUCGCCCAGUCGACGACCUUGGGCGCGUCCGUGGCUUCCGCAGCCUAUUUCUCUCAUUGGCACUGGAUACGCACGACUUGCAGGUAUUUCGUUCGCACCGCUGCAGUCACUGUUCACUUUUGGCCUUUGGCUGCUUGGAUCUAGCACUGUGAUCCCAGGUGUUGUCGAUGCGCCCAUCCUCAGCAGCGCGGAGAAGAUUUUGGGAGAUGACGGCGCUGGCGCUGGAGGUCUUGGCAAGGUCAUUGAGCAAGAACAUCAAGAACUAAAGCGCGAAGACGAGGUUGGAAUUCUACCAUGUGUGGUCUUUACGCAUGGUAUGGCUGGUAUGAGCCAGAGCUACUCACACUACCUUGGUAGUAUCGCUAGUCACGGCUACGUCGUAGCCGCAGUAGAACAUCGGGACGGAAGUGGCCCUGGCACCAUCGUUCACUACCCCGAUGGCAAGGAGAAGAAGGUCUGGCAUAUGAAGUUGAAAGACUUGAAGUCUGACCCACCCAUGACCGACUUGGACCUCAAGGCCGCACAACUUGCAUUCCGCGAAGCCGAAAUCAGCGAGACAAUAAAGCUAUUUGCACAACUCAACGCCGGCGAUGCACCCGUUGUCAACCUAAAGCCCGAUUCCCCACGUGAAGCUCUUCCUGGCUUCAAGGGCCGUCUCAACCUCGCCGCUGUCACUGUAGCCGGGCACUCUUACGGUGCGACAGGCGCCAUGCAGGCCCUGAAAGCCGCCGGAACCAAAGCCAUGCCCACUAAUGGCGGUAUCGCGCUCGACCCCGGGAAAGGAUCUGGCCCACUCAACAAAGACAUCGACGUGCCCGUGCUGGUCAUGCAAAGUGGCGAGUGGACAGAGAAGCAAGUAGACUUUUACGGACAGGGCCAGCAUUUCGAUGUUGUUCGGCGCAUCAUCGAAAGUGUGAAGGAAGGGUGGUUCAUGACGCUGUCUGGCACCGCGCAUCCAUCCUGCACUGACGCUCCUCUGAUAGUCCCGUGGAUCAUGAAAAUGGUCACGGGCACAACGCUCAAUCCGCGCAUCGCUCUAUUCAACUACAUCGACGCAUCUGUAAAGUUCCUCGAGUACCUCCAAACAAGAGAGAAGAAGGGAGUCCUAGCGAGUCCAGUGACGAGUAAGGCUGGGCCACUGGGUGAUGCUGAGAAGCGCGAGAAGUUUGAGGGGCAGUAUGAUGCGCAAUGGGAGGUCCAUGUUAUUCCCAAGGAGUAG